AUGAGCAAGGCCAGAGGCCACACUGACUCCAACUGCCUUUGCAAUGGCAGGCAGCCAACCCUGGGCAACGGGGUUGUAGCCUCUGAUUCGGGGUUCUUGAGUGCUGUUUGGGCUUCUGUGCAGAAAUCUGCCUAUGGGGAAGGUGUGGGAUGUGUUAAACACUGCCCUAACCAGCUACUUCAAGUCGCCGGCCAUCUAAGAAACAUUGAUGAGAGGUUCCACAGUUUCCGGGAACUCUUCCAGCAAGACAGUGGUGUGCUUUCAGGUCCUGUUGAAGCUAGACUGGCUGACUCGCUCCAGGCAAUCUCUUAUUUUCUGGACAAGUACCCUUCCUUAAACUGCCAGGCCAUUCAGCCAGCGACUACCUCUUUCCUCACCUCUGUGAAUGAUAUCAACAGCCAAGUGAGAGGGACUGAAAACAAGAAACGCUACAGUGAGAUUUUCCGGAGUCUGGAUGCCCUCGAAAUUUCAAUUGGAAAUGCGGCAAUUGAUAUGUUCACUGAUGAUGCUGAUGAUAAUGAUACCGAAGUCCCGGACUCACAGCCCGAAAACCUACAGACUGAUGAACGUUGCUGUAAGUCUGAAAGAAAUGUGGACACUGGAGAAUCAACAAACCUGUCAGUGGAAGAGGCUGAUGAGAGGCUGAUCAAAUGUGAUGGUGGUGUGGAAACAGCCCUGAGUUAUGCCAAGAUGUGGUGCAAAUAUGUCAAGGAGCUGUUGAACUGGGCAGAAAAACGUGUUAAUUAUGAGACUGAGUUUGCAAAGAAUAUCCUGAAGAUCGCAGAGGCUGGCAGACAUGCCAUUCAUCCACAGAUCUGCAUGCCUCUCCAAUCUCUGUACACCAUGGUCAUGGAGCACGACAUAAGGUCGGGAAACGUAGCCCUCGAGACAGCUUCAGCUCUGCAAGUGAAAGAAUACCAUGCGCCUCUUUGGUCCAAGAGGAAUGAAAUUGAGAAGUGGCGAAAGGAAUUCAAAGAUCAGUGGCAGAAGGAGCAGAAAAGGAUGAAUGAUUCCUUGUCCUCCAUGCGCAAGUCCCGCCUCCAUUACCUCCAGCGCUGCGAGGAUCUAGAGAAAGCCAAAGUCUUAAGUGCCAAGGCAGAAGAGGAGUUCCAGAGUACAGCAGGCAGUGGCAACAAGCAACUGGAGAAACGGCGUCGCUAUCGAGAUGAGCUGCAGGUCAAGGUUCAGGAAUCAGAAAUCAUAUACAGAACUUGCGUCUUUGAUGCCAACAGCCACCGGCAGGAGCUGGAGAAAGUCAGGGAGAGGAUAGUCUCCCACAUCCGCAAACUAGUCUUUCAAGGAGAUGAGGUGCUGACACGGGUUACCUUGAGGAUGUUUAAGCUCCAGCGUGCCCAAGCAGAGCUAAUCCCCGCAGGAUACGAUACCCUGACUGAAUCCUGUAAACCCUACAAGAUCGGCGAGAAAUACGUGGAGUUCAUUCAGAACCUGCAGAAAAAAGAGCUUCCAAUGGAAGUAUACAAAUUUGAGGAAUUUAUACCCUCAGGACAGAGGUCCCCACCCAGUGCUCGAAGAAAGAAUGUUGCACAAUAUACCCGCAUUUCAUCAUCAGCUGCUGACCUCAGCAACUUCUCAGAAGAUGCCUCUGGUGCCAACAAGUCCUACAGUGACACAGAGAGCCUGGGAGGGAGUACCGAGUACCAUUCCUUGGAUUCCCCUACAUCCAGCCCAGGGCACAAGAAGUUGCUGAAAGCUCCAUCCACUGGCACCAUGUCUUCCUCGGAGGAUUGUGAAGACAAAGAUUCGAUUCAAGCCUAUGAAAAUGAUCUCACUGAUGUUGCAUCUGAAAAUGGCUUGUUACAUGGCCAGUUUAAGAACAGCACCCUGUCAAGUGCUGCUCAGACCCAUCGCUUACGGAAGCUACGGGGCCCUUCAAAAUGCAGAGAGUGUGAGAACUUCAUGGUCAGUGGUACAGAGUGUGAAGAGUGCUUCCUGACUUGUCACAAGAAGUGCCUGGAGAGCCUCCUCAUCAACUGUGGGCACCAGAAGCUGCCAGCACGGGUCUCGCUCUUUGGGAUUGACUUCGCUCAAGUGCCGCGGGACUUCCCGGAAGAGGUGCCGUUCAUUGUGGUGAAAUGUACCUCUGAGAUAGAAACACGCGCCCUGGGAGUGCAGGGGUUAUACCGGAUCAGUGGCGCCAAAGUGCGCAUGGAGAGGCUGUUCCAGGCCUUUGAAAAUGGGCAGAGACUGGUGGAGCUCUCGGAUCAUUCGCCGCAUGACAUCACUGGAGUCCUUAAACAUUUCCUUAAGGAGCUUUCCAGUCCUGUGCUCCCAUUCAAGCUCUAUGAUGAUUUUAUAGCCCUUUCAAAGACCUUGCAGAGAUUUGAAGACAGAUCACGGGAUGAUUCUGAGACACUGGCAGAGUCCAUCAAGAGCACAAAGGAUUUGUUGAGUAAACUGCCAGCAACGAAUUACAACACUUUACGGCAUCUCAUUGCUCACUUGUACAGGGUGGCUGAGAGAUACGAGGAGAAUAAGAUGUCUCCCAACAACCUGGGGAUCAUCUUUGGCCCUACACUAAUCCGCCCUCCCUCUGGCAAUGAUGUUUCUAUGUCGUGCCUCAUAGACUCAGGAUAUCAGUCCCAGCUGGUUGAAUUUCUCAUCCUCCACUACGAACGGAUUUUUGGGAUGGAUGAUCUGCCUUUGGCUGGGCUCUGUGAGCAUGAAAACUCUUUGAGAAAAGCAAAUGCUAAUGAAGCACUUUCAAGCAAGGAAAGAGACCUUGAUAUCUCUUCUGAGAAAUCUCCCUCCACUGAGGAUGAUGGUGUGGCUGAGGAUUAUUCUUCCCCUUCUGACAAAUGUAUGCAGCAAACCCACUGCCCUGCAAGCAGAGAAACCGUAGAGUUGAACAGCAAGGGUAGCACUGAACCAAAGGACUCUGCACUUGCCUCAGAUGCCAUGACCUGCCCACAGUCCAGGGUGCGCUUCAGCCGAAUGCCUGUGAAGCAUCCUCGCACUGUAACCCCCAAAGUUCCCAGCCUGCCCCUGCUGGCUGCUCACCUGGCUAGCUCAGAUACAAUAAGUGGCUUCCUGGAGCCGGGUUCAAACAGCCGGAGUGCCUCACCAGACACCCGUGGGAAGCGCAAGCACUUUGAGACUGCCAAGCAUACCCCAGAGACUGCCAGGAUAGUCUCCAAGCUCCAGCCUCCUGAUGGAAACCAAGACAGCUGUCAGGUUGAGCUGGAGAUACCACUGCAGGAAAAGCCUUUGGAUGCACUAGGAGGAAGCAGCCCUGAGUCUUCAACCUCAAGAUCUUCCUUUUGAGGAAGCAGGCUGGACAGAGGGAGAGUCCCAGUUUCUGGUGGCAACUGGAAGAGCUACCCUGCAAAAGCAGAAUAUGAUGGCCCUCAUCUCUCCGGGCCACUAAUGGCACACUUGAAAACUGAAAAAGAAAUAGCCCUGGGUGUGUCUUUCUCAAACAUAAGACAGUGGGCCCCCCUCCAGACUCAACUGCUGCAACCCAUCCGUUUUCAGUGUGUUCCUGUAGCUAUGCCCAACAGAAAAGGAGAAGCCAAGCUGAGCUGCUGGGAUACAGUGGCGCAGACUCUCAAGAUGGGUUUGAUGCUGGGAGUCUACCUCAAAGAGGCCUAGAGGAAGAGCUCAGUACUCCAGGAAGCUUGGUAGGAUAAAGAUUUGGGGACAGAACCUGCGGCAGAGCAUGUCACUGCUCAGGAUGCCAGGGGAAAUGCCAAUAUGGUAUGGCUGUUUUCAAGGGCCAUAUUUGGGAUACAAUAUUGGGGUAGGGUGCGGCUGUGCACAUAAGAGCCAGGGUGGUUGAUGGGUGGGUUUCUACCUGUGCUGAAUGCAUUUGGAAAGGAUGGUGAGAUUAUGCAGAGAGUACAUUGUGGGGUGUGUAACCGCUCUGCUAGGUACAGUACCCUGUACUCUAAAAAUAUCAAAAUUUCAGAUACCAUUGCUCAUAUACUUUCAAGCAUGCAUUUGUAACCAUAAGGGCUAGAAACUUGCUUUUUAAACACAAAAAUGAAAACUCAUUCCCAGGAACUCAGGAAACUGAAUUCUGUGCCCAGUAUCAUAUUCUGUGUUUGUUUGUUUAUUUAACAUGAAAUUGUGAGAUAUGCACAGUCCUGGGGAUGUGACUGUGCUCUGCUUAGAGUUUGGGGAAAGUGUGCCUAUGUUUAGGGUGUUAAGAGGAAAGCGUGACUCAGACUGUCAAAAGAAAGUAGCACAUACAUACAGGUGACCCUCGUUAUCCAUGGGGGUUCUUUUCUCACCUCCAACCAGAGAUAACGAAACGGUGGAUAACAGGGCCUUAAGUCAAUGGGAAUUAGGGGGUGGGGUUAAGUUCAUGGAGGUCAAACAAUGGGCAGGGGGCAGGAAAAAAGUGAAAGUACUGUGCCACACUCUCCAGCUCCAAGCAAUGCCCCCCCCCAACCCUACAUUACACAAAAAACAUGUAAAAAGAUUUUUUUUAACUAAGAGCCACAAAAUGGCUACUUUCAGCAAAAUGCUGGCGAGAAAUGAUCUCGAAGGUCAUUUCCAGCCAGCCUGGAACCGCAGAUAGGCAAAUUUGAACUGUUUCUGUGUCUGCGAAUAAUGAGGCCGGGGUCUCCAUUGCCUGAUGGCGGAUACACAAAACCAUGGGUGCUGGGAAAGCAGAUAACAAGAGCCACCCGUAUACUUGGGAGAGCGCCUGGCUGCAAGGGUGCAUGUGCAGAUGAACUGGAUCUGACAGUGGCAACCUGGCUGCACUAUUUUUUGUAAAGGUUGGCUUUGCAGCCUUUGCUGCUUCACAUAUAAUAACACUGCCGAGUAGGGAAUUGCAUGUAUCUCAUGUGUAAGCAACAUGUGUGUUUUUCACUGUGUGUUAGAUUUGUCACUUUGCAACCAGGAUGCCAGGUAUGGACUGUUACAUCUUCUUCUGCCUCUUACAAGGCAGCCAUGGCUCCUCCCAUAGAGAGGAGAGCUAGUCUUGUGGUAGCAAGCAUGACUUGUUCCUUUAGCUAAGCAGAGUCCACCCUGGUUGCAUAUGAAUGGGAGACUUGAUGUGUGAGCACUGUAAGAGAUUCCCCUCAGGGGAUGGAGCCACUCUGGGAAGAGCAGAAAGUCCCAAGUUCCCUCCCUGGCAGCAUCUCCAAGAUAGGGCUGAGAGAGAUUCCUGCCUGUAACCUUGGAGAAGCCACUGCCAGUCUGUGAAGACAAUACUGAGCCAGAUGGACCAAUGGUCUGACUGAGGAUAUGGCAGCUUCCUAUGUUGCUAUCUUUUCCUUCCCCAGUCCUGUAGGGGCCAUGGCUGCCUUGUCUCCCACUUCAUUUGAAAAUUUAAACGUCUGUGCGGUCGUUCACACAACCUUUGAACGCCAAGGAGGGAAGGCAGGAUAGCACCUACUCCCCACCACCACAGAGGAUCAGGCGUGUUCCCGGGCUGUGCAGCUCGUGUUUCUCACACAACCGGUGCUUUUGCCAGCUGUGCAGUGUUCUGGUGCCUGGGAAAAUGCGCCCUGGCCUCCAGAUAUCCCACACUGCUCAUUGUGUGGCACACUGAGGGAUUCUGCUGUGAUUUGGGCACUCUCGGCACCUGGUUCUGUGUCUGUUCAGGCUACGUGCAGCUCAAGCAUUUACAUGGCCCUGUAUCUGGGUGAAGGGGCAUGCCCGUGCCCCUUUACCCAGUUAAACAGUUGGGUUAAGACUCUGGGCUGCCUGGGAGGGCAGAGCUGGGAUUGGCCUCGAUCUUGGCACUUCACAUGAGCAGCCCUACCCAGUUAGGGCUGCCCAAGGCUGGGUAGGGCUGCUCGUGUGAACAGCCUCUGUGUCUGGUGUCUCCAGUGUGAAGUGGCAACCCUUUGUGUGUACACAUGGUGGGAGUCUGCUGCCAGUCAGGGUCUCCCAUCUUGGGUAUGUGCACCUCUACUUUCAUAACACGUAAAGUUGCACAUGCCGUUUCCUACACAGAUGUGCCCUUGAUCUGAGUGAAGCAGCUCUCAACAGGAUGCAGAACGAAGGGUUGUGAGGUGCUCUGCCUCUCAGAUCCAGAAUUAUACCGCAGCACAGGCCACCUCAGCACUAACCCUGCCUGUAAAGUCCUGCAGAUCUCAAAAGAGCGAUUCCCACCCGUACCCACAGUGUGAGCCUUCAAGUCUGGAUCCUCAUGCUGCCAGUAUGCCAGUGAGCCAUAUCAGUGUGCAACCAGUGUUAAAUUGUUCUGUAUUUUUGCACUAACGCCAAUGCAUCCCUGUGACUGCUGCGGAGAUAUGGAAGCCUAUACAUGUAAACAAGCAAGCAAUGAAUACUGGGGCACACGUUCUCUGCCCCCUCAGCAUCUUGGCCAGCAAUAUAGAUCUUUGUCAACUUUGCACAUGACCAUCUGGGCCACUACACACCACAGCAGGUAGGACUGGAGACUACAGAAUCGGUUCAUGUCUGACUUGAUGAGCUGGAGCUGUUGCAGGCUCACGAGUUCUAUGAAGCCAGGUCAUAGGACAAGGUGUAUAGGACUCUCUACUGCUUUACCAGAGAGUCUCUCUAGUCAUCUCCAUGUUUCAUCCUCACUGGCUUCAUGUCUGGCCAAGGGAAUUGUGCAAAUUCCUUCUUAGCAAGUAAAUACAUAAAUAAAUGCAAGGACAUCCAGAAAGCAACUGGGAAGUAUUGAGGGGAGUCCUGUGGCUGCUCAGCUUCCUUAUCUCUCACAUCUGUAAUAAACCUGUAUUUAAUGUUAAUAAUACCUUGCUGCAGAUUAAAUUAUGUUUUUGUCA